GAAAGAGACGUGGAGAGAGAUGGGGAAGAGAAAUAUAGAUAGAGAGCUUGGCACAUGGAAGGUGCUCGCUAAAUAUUUGUUGAAUGAAUGAAUAAACAAAUGAACAAUUGGAUAUAUAUAAAGAGGUGGGGCAAUAUGAGGUGUGGGUAGAGAUACGGAGAAGAAACAAGUGAUAUGAGUAAAAUCGAUGAGAUUGAAAGGGAUACGGAAUAAGAUGUGGGAGAUACAAAAGGAAUAAAGAAAGAGAUGAAAAGGUAAGGAAAGAUGAAGAUAAGGCAUCUGGUAUACGGAAGGAACUCAAUGACAGAAUUGUUGAAUGGAAGGAUGAAUAAAUGGAUGACUGGUGAAAGAAGACUAGAGGCAUGGGGCAGAGAAAGCAAGCUAGAUAAGCAGCCCAGCUAUUUCUCCCUUUGUGGGGACUUCUGUUUAAUGCUAACUCCUCCUUCUUCUCCUCAGCAGUUCUCAGAUGGAUUCCAUCUAAUCAACCCCUUGGCCCAGACGCUCAGAUCAUCUUCUCGAGAUCCAAGUGACAAGCCUGUAGCACACGUUGUAGCAAACCCCCAAACCGAGGGGCAACUUCAGUGGCUGAGCCGGCGUGCCAAUACCCUCCUGGCCAAUGGUGUGGAGUUGAUAGACAACCAGCUGAUGGUGCCUUCCGAUGGGCUGUACCUCAUCUACUCCCAGGUCCUCUUCAAGGGCCAAGGCUGUCCUGCCACCCAAGUGCUCCUCACCCACACCAUCAGCCGUAUCGCUGUCUCCUACAAGACCAAGGUCAACCUCCUCUCUGCCAUCAAGAGCCCCUGCCAUAGGGAGACCCCAGAGGGGGCUGAGGCCAAGCCCUGGUAUGAGCCCAUCUACCUGGGAGGAGUCUUCCAGCUAGAGAAGGGUGAUCGACUCAGCGCUGAGAUCAAUCUGCCUGACUAUCUCGACUUUGCUGAGUCUGGGCAGGUCUACUUUGGGAUCAUUGCCUUAUGAGGGGGAAUGGAUGCCCAUCCUUCCCCAACCCCCUCACCCACCUCGGUCCCUUUAUAAUCCAUUUCUUCAGACCCCUUCUUCCCCUCCUGGCUUAGAAUGGAAAUUAGGGGCUCAGGGGUGGGCCCAACUUUAUAAUUUUAAAUAACACUUAGAAGCCUGAGAUGCAGGGGUGUGUGACCUGGACA